AUGACUUCUCCUGUCCAAGUACUCUGUGAACAACUCACAGUUCUUGGCGCCUCUGGCGACCUUGCCAAAAAAAAGACAUACCCAGCCUUAUUUGGCCUUUAUCGCAACGGAUUCUUACCAGAGAACACGAGAAUUAUUGGUUACGCGCGCACCAAGAUGUCACAUGAGGAUUAUAUCAACCGUAUCACGCAGUACAUCAAGAUUCAAGAUGCUGAUAAACUCGAGCAAUUCAAAAAGAUGACCUUUUACGUCUCGGGUCAGUAUGACGAAGACGCUUCCUUCCAAAAGUUGAGAGAGGCCAUCGAACAAUCUGAAAAGGAGAGAGCAGUCAAGAAGAAGAAUCGCGUGUAUUAUAUGGCCUUGCCUCCUUCAGUUUUCAUUCCUGUCGCUCAAGGUAUUAAGCGCAACGUCUACACAACCGAAGGAUCCAACCGUUUGGUUGUUGAAAAGCCUUUUGGUAUGGAUUCAGAGAGUUCAGCCCAUUUGGGUCGUGAAUUAGGUGCCCUCUUUACUGAGAACGAGAUCUACCGUAUCGAUCAUUAUCUCGGAAAGGAAAUGGUCAAGAACAUCAUGAACCUUCGUUUCGCCAAUGUCCUGUUUGGACAUGCCUGGAAUCGUACCUACAUCGAUAACGUCCAAAUUACAUUCAAGGAACCCUUUGGAACCGAAGGACGCGGUGGAUACUUUGAUGAAUUUGGUAUCAUCCGUGAUGUGAUUCAGAACCAUCUUCUCCAAGUCCUCACCUUGGUCGCAAUGGAACGACCCAUCUCUACGGACGCUGAAGCCAUCCGUGACGAAAAGGUCAAGGUGCUCAAAUGUAUCUCUCCUAUCAAGAUUGAAGACACAUUGCUGGGCCAAUACGUCGCGGCCGAUGGCAAACCGGGAUACCUCGAAGACGAGACGCUCAAGAACAAGGACAGCUUGACACCCACCUUUGCCGCGGCUGUCUGUUUUGUCAACAACGAGCGAUGGGAAGGUGUGCCCUUUAUUUUGAAGGCAGGUAAGGCCCUGAAUGAGGCCAAGGUCGAGGUCCGUCUCCAGUUCCACCGAGUGGCAGGUAACCUCUACGGCGACUCACCUCGCAACGAACUUGUCAUCCGCAUUCAACCCAAGGAAGCCGUCUAUAUGAAGUUCAAUAACAAACAGCCCGGCUUGUCAUACCAAACGAUCCAAACUGAUCUCGACUUGUCCUACCACGAGCGUUAUACAGAUCUCGCUAUCCCAGACGCAUAUGAAUCCCUUAUCCUCGAUGUCCUCCGUAAUGAUCACUCCAACUUUGUCCGUGAUGACGAACUUACCGCGGCUUGGAAUAUCUUUACACCGCUGCUUCACAAGAUUGAUCGUCAUGAUGAUGACGUCGAUAUCAAAAAGUAUCCUUAUGGCUCACGUGGUCCUCAGGAACUAGAUGAGUUUGUCAAAAAGUAUGGUUAUCAUCGCGAUACAAGUGGAUACACCUGGCCGCGUCAAAAUGUCAAUCCUUCUACUAAUAAGCUCUAA